UCCCAAUCUAGAUUAUUACAUGGUUGGUCUAUGAUUUAGUGUUGUCCAUCCUGAUACCUGUAAUUAUGGGUUGAAUCGGUCCCUGCCGAUGAAUCAAUCUGUAUUGGGUUGGAAUCUGUUGAAAUUGAUCAGCAUCGGUCUGAGAACCCUUAGAAUCAGCCGCUUUGAAAUUUCCAGAGUCGAGAUAAAUCAUGGCCGAUCUGACCGAUGCCUUUCAAAUGUUUGAAACCAUUUAUUGAAUUUAAAGCAACCAAAACUUGAGGGUGGCUUAAUUUAUCCAAAGUGCCAAAUGCAGCACCAAACCAGUAAGUACUGGACCUAGCCUUGCUGUAAUAAGGAAAAAAUAAACUACAUCGGUUUGGAGGCAGUUUCGGAUAUCGAGAGAAAAGGAAGGCCUCAAGGAAGAGCCAUGAGCCGUUCCAUUUCGGCCUAAUUCACUGGUAUCCCCUCUUUCUGCAGUUGAAACUAACUCAACCUCAAAAUAUAUAUACUGGUAAAUUUAAACGGCAAGAGGGAGGCAACCUAUAUAUUAUGUAACUUUCUUUCAAGUCUCUAAACCAGCUGGAAAGACCAUUCAAACGCCUUCAAUUCAACCUCUGCCAAAAUGGCAUCGCCUUGGUGCAACCUCUUGUCAUUACUCAUCCUCCUUGCGCUUGUCCUCCAGGAGGUCCAAGCCAUCGGCCACCAUCGUGGAAUGAAACCCCAUGGUGGCCACCACCCCGGCCGCCACCACAUAGCUGCACCCUGGCGCCAUGCCAAGCGCUGGUACCACGCCAACCGUGGUCGCCAUACACAGCCGAUUCACAAGAACCACAAACCCAAGUUCAAGCCUGGACCCUGGGUGAUGGCUCAUGCUACCUUCUACGGAGGCAGCGAUGGCUCAGGAACAAUGGGGGGUGCAUGCGGUUAUGGUGAUUUGAACAGCCAAGGGUAUGGGUAUCAGACAGCAGCACUAAGUGAAGCUAUGUUCAAUAAGGGGUCGACAUGCGGGUCGUGUUAUGAGAUCAAGUGUGUGAACGAUCCCCAGUGGUGCAAGCCAGGGCAGCAUUCUCUCUUUGUUACUGCCACCAACCUUUGCCCACCAAACUACCAGCAAGCGUCUGACAAUGGAGGAUGGUGCAACCCACCCCUCCAUCAUUUUGAUCUCGCCCAGGCUGCUUUCCUUCAGAUUGCCGAUUAUAAGGCCGGCAUUAUUCCCGUUCAGUAUCGCAGGGUAUCUUGCCAGAAGCAUGGAGGAAUUAGGUUCACCAUAGGAGGGAGCCCAUACUUCACACUUGUUCUGGUAUGGAAUGUGGGAGGCGCCGGAGACAUCAAGAGUGUGAAAGUGAAGGGUGAUAAAAAUGUGCCAUGGACAGAAAUGUCACGCAACUGGGGAAUGAAUUGGCAAACCGGUACUGUGUUGGUCGGUGAGUCACUCACCUUCCGAGUCGUGGCUAGCGACGGGAGGACCAGCACCGCCUGGCACGUUGCUCCACGCAACUGGCAGUUCGGCCAAACCUACGAAGGCAAGAACUUCAGGUAAUCAUCAUCAUCAUCAUCGACCCUGCCUCGCGAUCGAUCUCAUUUCUAAAAGCAGAAACGCAGCCCCCACUGACUUCCGUUAUAUGUAUUCCUUCCUCCUGCUCCUGGAGUAGCUAGUAUACUCUUUGUUUGAUUUAUAAUUGCCGGUGUGGGCUGGUUUUGGUCAAGAUUGGAGAUUUUUAUUUUUUUUAUUUUUUUGGGUAAAUAAGAAUGGUGAGGCUGUUACAUGUUAGUUUCACAACGUGUUUGAAAGAGCAAGCUGGUUGCGCAUUGAACAAAAGGAGAAGAAAAACAAAAGAUGAAACAUUGAUUAAUUUAUGUGUUUAUUUCACUUUACAAUUUAUGACUCUAUUGCCUGUAAAGAGAUGUCAAUGUAUUUUCAUUUGAUUCAUCGUUUAAAUGGACUGUUUCCCAGAA